CUACUACAACGACGUGCUUCUCAUUUUUGCUUCGACACAAAUUGCGUUUCCUCGAGAACGUUGCAUUUGCGUCCAAAGCGCUCUGAGAAGGAUCAAAAUUUACUCUCGCGCAAUUCAGCAUUUCUUUUAUCUGCCUAUUGUCUAUCAGUCCCCUAUACGCACCGUUGAUGGCGUCUUCUCCGCCCGCGUUUGGACGAGGUCGAGGUGCGAGUCAUAGUUAUGUCUACUCGCCGUACGGACGAGGCAGAGGCCAAGGUCGGGGCGCUGUUUCGCUUCCGCCAAAACCUCAGCAGCCAAAGACUGACGUGCCGCACCCUCGCUUUACUAUUGACGGUGUGACUUUCGAGCUCGUAAAGAACGGUAGCAAACUCCACAGAAUCACCCCUCUCGACGACUCGCUUCCGACGCCGCUCAAACACGAAAUUGCUGGCAUCAAGUUCUACCGUACCAAGGGUGGCAACCUAUUACGCCACAAGGAGUAUUUGCAACUUGAAGAGAAGCAGCUUGCACGCAGGACGUUGUGCCCUAAAUUCACCCGAACCGGACACUGUUCACGCGACUGUCGGUUCAACCACGAUCCCUCCAAAGUAGCUGUGUGCAAGACAUUCUUACACAAACGCAGCUGCCCUGCCGGUAGUUCUUGCCCCCUUUCUCAUGAUCUUACGCCCCAUCGCACUCCUGUCUGCAUGUUCUUUGCACGGGGAAACUGCACCAACGACAACUGUCAGUACGUCCACAGUAUGCCUAAGGAUGGAGCUAUCGUCUGUGAGGCCUUUGCACGGCUGGGUUAUUGCGAGGCUGGAGAGAACUGCCCGCAUCUCCACGUCUUCGAGUGCCCGGACUAUGCAAACACAGGUAAAUGUGACAAGGAAGACUGCCAUCUGCCACACGUGCAACGUGCAAGCCAGCUGCGAAGGCUCGCUGGAAGGGGCAGCAGCCAUGGCCCUUCCUCUAAUGAACACAGUGACAACGAUGACUUGGGGCCAGAAGCAACGGCUACCUUUGUCGGUGCUGAUGCUGAGGCCUCCACGGCUGGAUUCACCCAGCAGGCCGAUUAUAUUCGGAUUUGAUUGCUCCCUUACUUCUAAUCGCUGUGCAUAGCGUUGGCGUUUUUACUUUAGGCAGUCUCAAGAGAUACCCAGGAAUGGCUGUGGUGAGCCAGGCGGUACAGUCUGCAUAUGAGUGACCUCGCUCUCAUCAGGAGGUUAUUGUUUCAAGAAUUAGGAAGCAUACGUAUAAAGAAAGAAUCAAAAGAGAUGAAGAUUUUGAG